CUUUUUUUUUUUAACGAAGCCCAUAUGAACACGCAUUAGCUUUACUAAGGCGACCGUUAACGUGUCGUGAGCGGAAACGUUACGUACGUAGCCCGCCGGAGCGGUGCGGUUUAUUAGCUAAAACAAAGCGGACCCUCAUAACAGUUUUAGCUAGUCUCCCUGAAGUAACCGUUUUUAUUUCUUUAACAGAGGACACUUUUGGGGAGCAAAUGCUACUCUAAAUCAACGGAAACGUCUGUACAGCAUCGGUAUAAGAUGGAUCGUCGGUUACUUUUAAUAGCAACGUUAUCAGCAGUCCUUGGUGGCAGCUGGGCUCAGCAAGAGGGAAGCAUAUGCAUCAAGGCAAACGCACAGUCAUGUGGGGAAUGCAUCCAGGUCGCAGAGACAUGUGGAUGGUGCUCAGAUGAAAACUUCCUCACUGUGGGUGAGUCCAAGUCUGCUCGCUGCGAUGAUCUGGAGUCCCUGAAGAAGAGAAAUUGUGCUGUGACCAAAAUUGAGAACCCCCGUGGAGGCAUCACCGUUAACAAGAACAAGCCUGUCACCAACCGCAAGAAGGACGUGGCUGAAAAACUGAAGCCUGAGCAGAUCACCCAGAUCCAGCCCCAGAAACUCACCCUGACACUCAGAUCUGGUGAGCCCCAGACUUUCGAGCUGAAAUUCAAGCGUGCUGAGGACUACCCCAUCGACCUGUAUUAUCUUAUGGACCUGUCCUUCUCCAUGAAAGAUGAUUUGGAAAAUGUCAAGAACCUUGGUACUGACCUCAUGAGGGAAAUGCAGGAGAUUACGUCAGAUUUCAGGAUUGGUUUCGGUUCAUUUGUGGAGAAGACAGUCAUGCCUUACAUCAGCACCACGCCAGCCAGGCUUAUCAACCCCUGCACGGGGAACCAGAACUGUACCAGCCCCUUCAGCUAUAAGAACGUCCUGAAGCUGACAGACAAGGGAGACGAGUUCAACAGGUUGGUCAGCCAGCAGCAGAUCUCAGGAAACCUGGACUCUCCAGAGGGGGGCUUCGAUGCCAUCAUGCAGGUGGCGGUCUGUGAGGAGCAAAUCGGUUGGAGGAACGUGACUCGCCUGCUGGUGUUUUCCACCGAUGCUGGUUUCCACUUUGCUGGUGAUGGCAAACUGGGCGGCAUCGUCCUGCCCAACGAUGGGAGGUGUCACCUGGAGAACAACAUGUACACCAUGAGUCACUACUAUGACUACCCCUCCAUCGCACAUUUGGUUCAGAAACUGAGUGACCACAACAUCCAGACCAUCUUUGCUGUCACUGAGGAAUUUCAGCCCGUUUACAAGGAGUUAAAAAAUCUUAUUCCCAAAUCAGCUGUUGGCACGCUGUCCUCCAACUCCAGCAAUGUGAUCAAACUCAUUAUUGAUGCUUACAACUCUUUGUCAUCUGAGGUCAUUCUGGAAAAUGGCAGGCUGCCAGAGGGAGUUUCCAUCACCUACAAAUCCAUCUGUAAGAACGGUGCAGAGGGAACAGGAGAGAACGGCAGGAAGUGUUCCAACAUCUCCAUUGGAGACGAGGUGUCUUUCAAGAUUUCCAUUGAAUCCCAGAAGUGUCCAUCCCAUGGCAAGCCCGAGACCAUUAAAAUUAAACCGCUGGGCUUCACAGAGGAGGUGGAGGUGGUUCUGAACUUCAUCUGCGACUGCCAGUGUGCCACAGAAGGAGAGCCCAACAGUCAGAAGUGCCACGAGGGCAACGGGACCUUCGAGUGCGGAGCCUGCAAGUGUAAUGACGGCCGCAUCGGACGUCUUUGCGAGUGCAGCAAAGACGAAGUGCGGACAGAGGACCUGGAUGCCAACUGCCGAAAAGACAACGGUACGGAUAUCUGCAGCAACAACGGCGACUGCGUCUGCGGCACCUGCGAGUGCAAGAAGCGAGAGAAUCCCGCGGAGAUCUACAGCGGCAAGUACUGCGAGUGCGACAACUUCAACUGUGACCGCUCCAACAACAAGCUCUGCGGAGGACACGGGCGCUGUGAAUGCAGGAAGUGCAUCUGUGACGCCAACUACACAGGCAGUGCAUGUGACUGCUCCCUGGAGACUUCCACCUGCCUCGCCAAGAACGGGCAGAUCUGUAAUGGCCGCGGUACUUGUGAAUGUGGAAUCUGCAAAUGUACCAACCCCAAAUUCCAGGGUCCAACCUGUGAGAUCUGCCCCACCUGCCCUGGCGUCUGCGCUGAGCACAAAGAUUGCGUGCAGUGCCGAGCAUUCGGGGCUGGUGAGAAGAAGGAUAAAUGUAAGAGCGACUGCAACUACUUCCAGCUGAUCAAGGUGAAGGAUCGCGACAAGUUGCCCCAGCCAACAGACCAGAGCUUCCCACUGACUCACUGCAAGGAGCGAGACGCCAACGACUGCUGGUUCUACUACACCUACGCCAUCAGGAACGACACCAAGGAGGUCUAUGUGGUGGACACACUGGAGUGCCCUGCAGGACCUGACAUCAUCCCCAUUGUGGCAGGUGUGGUGGCGGGCAUUGUUCUGAUCGGCCUCGCCCUGCUGCUCAUCUGGAAACUGCUCAUGAUCAUCCACGACCGCAGAGAGUUUGCAAAGUUUGAGAAGGAGAAGAUGAACGCCAAGUGGGACACGGGUGAGAAUCCAAUCUACAAAAGUGCCGUAACAACUGUCGUCAAUCCAAAGUACGAGGGCAAAUGAUGGAGCCUCGCCUCCAUUGUUACAACACUGUAUGGAAAGGAAUACGGGCUGAAUGGAAGGGAGGGGUGGGUUUUAUAAUGCUCUCACUGUUGGUUUGUUUGUUGUUAUUGUAGUCACCAAAUGAUAGCAAUGCAUUUUGCCACUAUUUCAGUUUGUUUUACUAACUUGUUUUUUAAUUUUCUAUGCAUCAUCUGAAAUGUGUACAGUCUGUAUAAAUGUGGGGUUUUGUUUCUUUUUUUUUUUCUUCUGUGGAGCUUGACAGAAUGUGUUGAACUGAUAUGUAGUUUUUCAGCCACAGGACUGGUAAGGUAAGCCUAGCUGUGCCUUUUUUAUAGAACCAUCAAGCCAUCAGUGUUUUGUUGACGGUUGAAUUGGAUGUUGAUAAUGGGCACCGAAUGAAGAGUUCCUCUCCAAAUAUACAUGUGUACAAUGUUAAGUGGGGGGCAAUCUCUCAGCCAGUGUUUCAGCAUACACAGCUGAGCUUCAGAUGGUCUUUGAUUGGUUUGCCACUGAGCAAACGUCUUAUUGUCUGUGAUCAUUUGACUCUUUUUAAAUGUCUCUGGAUUGAAACUCUUCAAAUGGAGUGCCAGUUGGCUGAGUGCUGAGUAGCAAUGAAAUGUGUACAGUAUGUUUUGAUUUCUGUGUUAAGCCAUAUAUGUAUUCACAGAACAGGAUUGAAGGUGUUUGUAUGUUUUUUCUGAGCGACUUAAUCCAUCUGAACAAUCAAUUGAAAUGUAUCUUUGUCUAGAAAAGAUAUUUUCUAGGGCUGCCUUUCUAGAUUAAAGGAUAUCAGUGUACAGUAGUGGUACUGUUUGGCUCCAGGUUUUUGCUUUCUUAAUUUAAAGCCAACUCAGGUCCUUAAUUCUCCCAGCAAUGCCAAAUACACGUAAGCCUGCCUUAUCUUCUAACUAAAUUUGCCUAUCUUGUAAUAGCUUGUUUUAUUCAUAGAAUAUGAAUUGAAGAAGGGUCCCACUUCUUUCUGUAUGUCGGUCAUUCCACCCAACUCUUUUGUGGUGCCUCGAUCAAACAUUUUUGUAUUGAAAAGAAAUGGUGAUAAUGUUGUUUAGUUUUAAGAAUCGGUGGUACGGGAAUGAACUCUAGAUCUGUAGAAUUUAGGGGUUUUGUAAAGAAAAAGGUUACACCUAACGCCAUUGUUUUUAAGUGCCUUUUUUUAAUUUCAACACAUUCACAUUUGCAAUUCUGUAUUUCUGAAAUUAUUUAUUGAAUAAACAUUGACUACAAAUGACCCCUAUAUUGUAAAAAAAAAAUAUCAUUGUGAUUUGUUAUUCUACUCACUGGUGUGUUCAGUGUGUCUCCAUAGCUCUGUUAAAGCCAGUUUUUAAUGUGCCUGACCCUGAUGGGGGAAAUUCUGAGUUGGGGUGUGAGCGAAUUGUCCACUCUUGUCCGCUGACAAAGCUCAGGAUAAAUGAUAAAGCUGGUUAUUGAUUCAUGCCUUCCUCAUCCUGACAAAUGGAAGCACUGGAAACUGUCGGCUCAUCAACCCAGCGAGUUGUCACUGUUAAAAUGGUGUUUGCUCAUGUCUGGCACUAAAUAUAUAAAUAGCUAUAGUUUCCAGUGAUGUUGUUUACAAGUACCAUGAUGCCAAACAUUUCCACAAUGUUCUCAAAAUUAAAAAUAAUGUAAUAAUAGCAUGGCAUCUCUUCAGUUUGUAGCUGGAGUAGUCAAUUUAAAAACAGGAACACAGUGGAUGCUUUGUUGUGUGGUGUACAGCCACUGAGAUGUUUCUCUUUUUGUAACAAGCUUGGAUAAAACCUUAUGAUCAUGUGGAAUAAAGUUAUUUUGGCCAUG